AUUUUCUCUAGUUAGUAUCCUAGUAUUUAUGCGUCUAGGAACUUUUCGUACUGUUGGAAGCAUUGUUAUAUUUUCCUAUAAACUGACCAAUCGUAUUUUACUACGUUCGUACACAUUAUAUUAAAAGUUUCUAGAUCAUUUGAAUCUACCGUGAUAUCUUAUAUCUUGUGCUUCCUACAAUCUUGAAUUAAAAAGCAUAGAAAAAUGCUAGUAAUGAGUGCUUACACAGAAAACUAAUUUUAUAUGUGACGCAUUUAAUUUCUCUUACGUAUGUGUUUCUUCUUUCAUACAAAAAUAUUAUAUGACUUAUAUUUUUCAGCAAAUACGAAAAGUACUUCUAACUAUAUGAUGCAUAUUAUUAUAAAAUUACUGGUUUAUAAACUUUGUAAAAUUUCCAUACAUUAUUUAUACAAAAUUUAAUCAGAUGGUUAAUUUACAAAAAUCAAUUGAAAGUUAAAAACACUUUAUAUCGUAAACCGAAAGAUAAAUUCAGUAGAUUAUGGAAAAUCUUGAAAGCAUCUUUUAUAUAAAACCCUUAGAAUCUUCCCCCUUUGUAAACUUUAACUGGUUAAACAUUUUAAUUUACUCUUUUCCUUGACAACCGCAUCCCAAAGAAGGGUCAACUAUUCUUUCGACCGUAACAAACAUACAUAACAGGAUUCGUUGCGGAAGUGGAUUAAAAUAAUCGUAUAUUCCUAAUCUCCGUAUAAAAAUGAAUUAUUGGGCACGCAGAAAGUGACAAUAACGUUCGCCGAGUAUUCGUUGUACGACCAUGACUUCACAGAUUCUCUUAUUUCCCGACAAAAUUUCAACUACAGCUGGGUGAGUCUUCGGUCUUCGACUAAAUUUCCAUUGAACUGGUACGAAAACUCUCCGGGAACUUGCUUGAACAAUAGUUUAUAACUGCACAAGAUCGUAGCAAAAUUGUUUAUACUGCCGUUAUGGUUAUACCACGGAUUAACCAUAAUUUACAAUAAAAUCCAAUUUUCCUAAUUUUGCAUUUAUUUUAUAGCUGUACUGGCUACAACACAGGUUGCACUGAUGUGAUGAAAUCUUGUCGACAUAUCUGACUUAGUUUAACGCAGUUAAAUCAGGUAUAGUUAGACGCAGUCGCUUGACAUAAGUUUCCGUCAAUAGCUUUGUUAGAAUGGCAGUCGGAAUGACUUUGAAUUCAUAGGAGCCUUUGCGUUGCCGACAUUUUUAGUCCUCUCUGCAGGAUGUAUUUCGAAUGUACCGAUGUCAAUCUUGUACCUGAAUAGAACAGCCGCACGUCCAUAACAGCCUGUCAAACAGUUGCUGGUGAAUUUUCUUUAAGCUUUCGCGAUAAGUAAAAAAUUUCAACUCUACAUUUUUAUGGGUAUAAGCAUGAGUGUUUGUACAAAUUGACUUAAUGUAGAUCGUGAUUAACUUUAACGCGUAACGGCGACACUUAUUUGCCGGCAUUCUUUGAUACUGGAUCUGCUGCACCGCUGGAUACUAGUUGAACAAACGAGUCUGUUGAAAGAUAAAACCACACAAUGCGUCAAGGGACUCUGCAUCCGACGAAUAUUUCUUUUCCGAGAAAAACUGACACGACCAGGGCCGAAUUAACGUUUUUAAAAUCGGGACUAUUGAUGCAGCCGCGGUGACCCCCUUCGUAGAAAAACGGGGUAGAAGGGAGGAUAUUGAAAUAAAAUAAAUUUAUGUAAAUAUAAAAUACAAUUUAUUUUAAUAUACAGUUUUAACAUACGAUUGCUUAUUUUAAUUUUUUUAUUUUUACAAAUGUUUUUCCAACCAUAUAUAAUAUAAACGUACCGCAUAUAGAGUCCAGCCGAAUAACAUGUAGAAAAGGACACGAGGCGAUCGUUUGAAAAAUUAGUUUACUAAGCAUUUUUUGCCUUUUGUUCGUACUCAGCCCCAGUCGUUAAUAUUCAACUCGUUACUUAAACAGGUAAACGACGUAACUCCGGUGGGCAGCACUGACUUCUGCUGCGACAAAAUGUCCCGAAUUUUCCCUAAACAGAACAAUACUCGUUUGGACACACAUUGCUCUUUUAACUGGGAAACUUUAUUAACUGUACUUUUUGUUCGCGACUGAUAUAAAUUCAUGCGAUAAAUUCGUAGUUAAUUAAUAUUUAUAGCCGAAUUAAUUAUUAAUUAUUAAACCAUUGAACCAUUCCAUUUCGUUGCCAUGAGUAUAAGUAAAUGGAGUUCUACUGUAAUACUACCAAUUGUAAGAACCUUUCUUCGGUAAGCCGUUCAUAAAAUUGGAGGGAUAAAAGAUCUACAAGAAGCCAGGGCAUAUUUGCGAGGUCGUUAAUUUUAUAUCAAAUCUUUUUUACGAUCCUACCUGGAACAACGUGGGUCUACUCUGGAAGGAAGCAAUUAUCCAUUUUAAUUCCUCGUUGACUUGACAUGGGGUGUACACGGAUGUGUUAGACUGUUUGAUCAGUCCGGCCAUCCGAAGUCGUUUGGGUUUCUCCUGAUUCGUUCCCGGAGGUUGGCACACAAAUCAUAUUCAGUCAGUCGUAGUUCAGAAUUUUGUCUUUUCUUUUUUUAACUUUCGUCGAUCCUCGCCUAUCGUCCCCUGACCUGCAUCCUUGCAACAAAAGCGGUCGGUCGGCACGAUUGAGACAAUAGAGAAACCAGGACUUGUGGCCUACUAAUUAAAAUCUAUCGGUGAAAGAUGGGCCGACGAAGGGUGAACGCCGACUCAUUUUUUUCUCCAACUAUCGUCGCUUUCCUCCAAGGUGUCCCUUUUGAAAUUUACACUGGCCACUUUGACUGCAGCGCAAAUGUUUCUAAGACCAGCUAAUUCUUUGGCUUCUGGACUGCUGCUAAAUGUACACUUGAAUCCUUCGUUCCUAUCAUAUUUCAAUCGUUUUCUCGAAAAAUUACCCUUUUUUAAUUGCAUGGCCUCAUAAUAUUUCUUCCACCCCUUGUCUUUUCCACCAUAAUUUCCGUCUUUAUGGGUCGGAAACUUUCUGUUAGUCGUUUGCAACUUUCCCAACUCUGACCUGUGCACUGACACAACUGCUCUUUUGGUACGGCGCGAUCAUAAAUGCCGUGUUGCGUAAUGAAUCCGCGUAUAAUGUGACGGCUCCCUUUGAACGGUAGAUAUUCUCACGGGUCCCAUGGUACCCCGAAGUUGCUCCCUGAUUCUAGUUUUUAUUCUGCCGUUUCUUUCCUUUUUCCUUCUUUCUUCGUCUCAAACGCAACAGGUCGUAUUAUGACGAGGGUGUUAUUCCCUUCGAACGGGAGUACCGUGAGUGACCCCUACAGCUCGAUUCUUCCGUCUCUAGAACGAAGCACAAAUUUAUGGACUUGGGAUCGUCGUUUUGAGACAGGUACAUGCUUUCCUCUUGUUCUCGCACCUUGCACAUCGUUAAUUCGUCCCCACGAAAAUACGUUUUCGGCAUCUUUGAUCAUUUGGAAACAAGUAUGGGGUGGACUGGGGUUGGAAGUAACAACGCGCGAAACAAAUAAAUGAAAUAUUUUAAGGAGUAAAUUUGCCUACAUUUCUAAGUCUCUUCUUUCUUUAUGAAUAUAAUUGUUUCAUUCCUUGCAUAUAAUUCAAUUGCAUACAUAUUUUCACUUUUUAUCUUGAUCGACAAUUUUGGCAUUACCUAUUCCAAUGUUAAAUCGUUAUGAUUUCUACAAUAUCAGAAAAAUACGUGAGUUUGAGAGAAUAAUACUCUUGUAACUCCAGUUGUUAUUUUCGAUUACAGCCUAUUUUAUCUAUAUCAAUAUUGAUAAUCUAUCGGCGUCUAUCUGCAAACGAUCCGUAAUAAAUGAUUAUCGUAACGCGACCAGAAGAACCUCCUUGUAAGCUACUAAAAUCGUUCUCUCUUCGUCAAGUGAUUAAUGACGAAGCACUGUUUGGUAUCCAUUUGUCUGAACCUGAGCAGACCACAACGAACUCGUACACUAAUCGGAUUGUAAGAACUUAUUAGAAUCGACCCAUUCUUUCAAGAAUAGACUACUUAAUAAUAAAUAAACAAAUAUUAGACAUACUUAUCCAAAUAUUUAACAGUAGCUAGGUCAUACGAAAAUAUUGUCUGUUGUUAGAAUUAACCUGUUUACGUAUAAGAUUUUCACAGAUCUUUGGUAAAGUCUAGACUCUUGUUUAGGACCUAGUAAUCCUAACCCGAUUAUCAGCUAUAUGUCAGAUUGCGAGAUAGAUCCGACUAAUCUUGUUCUGCAGCAAGCUACAUGAUCCUGGUCAGUCUCAAAUGGGCUUUCUUCUCUUACAGAGAAGUCGUGAGCGACCACGUUACGCCGAUCAUCGUGUGAAAACUGCAAAGUCUCGCUCCAUUAGCUGCGAAGACUAGUUCCAUUGUCGGGUCUAUUGUCGGGGAACGUGGCCCGUCUCUUUCUUUCUCUUUCUCGUUUUUCCCUCGCCGUCGUCUAUUUCGUUUUUUUCUCCUUCUCCUUUCUCCUAUACCGUCUCUUCUACGUUUUCUUCCAGAUCCGAGCAUAAGUUAGAAACCCGUCAAGACUAGUGACCUGCUGAUCCCGAUGAUGCCUCCUUCGGUCAGGUAAAUCGCGUAUAAAAUUGGCCCGUAGUCAAGAAAGAAAAGGUUCGAUUCCUAAUGACGUCUCCACGAACAGGCCAUUAUCAGGAAAAUGCCUUCCACUCAUCAUUCAGCGUGUAGGUGCCAUUCGGAUUUGUAUGGGAUUGAGAAAAAAAGUAUUUUUGGUAGAAAUAAACAUUAAUUCUUGUAUAUGGUAUACGGUUAUUUGGUUUAUGAAUUGUAAUAAAAUGUAAAAAGCCUUUCCUUUUCGAGAAUAUUAAAUUUCGUAGCUCGCGAUAGCUUACCCCGAGCCUUUAAUCUUUUACAAAAGAGCGUCGAAGACUAUUAUUGCCCAAAAAGAAAUAUAUCGAGAUUUACCUGGAGGUCUUUGUACAAAAUAACGGUGUCGUUAUUUUCUUAAACUCGCGCGAGCAUUUCGAUUCUUCGUGAGAUCGACAAGUGGAGAAAAAAUAUCGAUAUCGAGAAAAAGAAGUGGAAGCUGUUGUUUCACAUACGGGCAUAAAUCUCGGAAGAGAAUAUAAGAAAUCGGGGACAAGCGAGUUCUUAUUGCGGACAAGCGAAAUCUGACCUGCGUCGUCCUUCCGAUUUGCAUCGGUCCAUCGCUUCUGAAUGUCUCUUAAAAAUGCGCGGCUUUCGCAGAAACAUCGAACGUUCCAACGAAUGCACAAAGCGUACUUUACACCCCCGCAGUUCCCUCCGUUUACCGAUUGGACACACACUACUGUGUCCACGUUGCAUUUUCGAUCAUUGCUCCUUUGAUCGUUAGUUUAAGAACCGAAUUUUCAAGAAAGUCAACUAGAUGUCCGACUUUCUUUGGUGAUCGACAGUAAAAAUAUCGAAUAGUGUAUUAGGUUCACGAAUAUAAAAGAUCGUUUGAAUUUGAUAGGCCAACAGUGUUCAUUAAAUUCUGCGUGAAACAUGGAUUUCAGAAAGAACGGGCUCAUAGAAGAUUAAAGACAUUCUACUUGGGCAUUUUUUUGAUGCGUGAAUUAUUUAAAAAAAGAAUUGCAGUAGUUUUAUCUUAAGAAUUUUUCAAUCAUACUACUCGCUGAUAAAUAUUUUCAAGAAACUACGCGAAGUUAAAAUUUUAUUUGAAGGAACAUUUCGUACACGUCGACCUACCAUUGAGAAAAUAUUUCAAUUGAAAAAGAGACGAUCGAAUGGCAAAUCUUUGCGAACAAUGAAGUACAAAAAAUAGUUAAGAAUGAAACAUUUCUUUCGAACGAUGUGUUAACUUUAAUGAAUGAGUGAUACACGAUCGUUUGAAUUUUUAAUCAUUUUCGCGUGUAAACCUCAUCGUUCCGUUUUGUAAAUGUUGUUUGUAAAUGUACACAGGAAAAAAUCGAUUAUUUUGCAUGAAUACAGAAUAAAUACAUAGCGAGAGAGAGAGAGAGAGAGAGAGAGAGAGAGUGAAUUUUUAGAAAAAUUCUCGUCCUCAAGGGAUGAUCGUUCACGUGGGAGUACUGUUUACUGGUAGAACAAUUUAUUUCUAGCUACGAUGCUAAGCGGCUUAUUAGGGCACAAUAGCGAGCCUGAGCAAAGGAACGUAAAGGGUUGUUCGGGGUGUUCCCGUCCUCUCUUUUGUUCUUUCACUGGGACAUCACCACAAGAUUUACGAUGAUAUUGCAGUUAUAGCUUCACCAGCAUUCGGUUGGACACAUGUCAGACAGUACUGUUCAAUUUCUAUGCUUUUUGCCAAUACGAUGCUUUCUGUGAAUAUGACAAACAAUGACAAGUCCCCAGAGAAUCUGCUUGUGGUCACUGGAAAAUAUUUUAGAAGAUCGAUGGCCUGGCAUCUUUCUGUACACGUGACAUCAGAUAAUGUUUCCUCGACGCCGGAAAUUAAUAAUCUCUUUCCGGUAUGCGUCUGACGCAUCGCUCAUGCAUUUAAUAUCAUUGUAACAUGACCAUGUCGUUGCGGAGACUUCAUCAAAGUUGGACGAAUGCCGUAUAAAAAUAGCGAAGGACCUAUGGACUCACGAUAAAGCUUUAAUAUAUUCGGUAUUUGGUUUAAAUUUAUGUUGCUUUGGACGCGUUACUCUCGUAGAUAACAACGUCCUACGUCAACUGACAAAAGCAUCGAUACCAUCGAGACAAGUUGUUCCUUUGAAGCUGAAUAAACAAGAUUCUAAGGAAGUCAAGGAAAGAUUAUUCGAUAAAAAUUCACCGUACCUAUGUUUAAAACGAUUGAAUAGGACGUUGACAGAAGACAGCGGGUCGGUCGACAGAUCUAGAAAAUAUCUUUCUUUGCGAGAGUUAUCUUUUACGCGCCAAGUGCAACGUUUUGUCCUCAUUCUUGCGCCAGCAGAUUUGUCACAGUACCUGCAAAAGGUUCCUGUAGGCAUUGUACAUUCGCCAAAGCGUGAUAAUGAUGGCUAUCAUUAUAUAUACCUGGCAGUGACCAGUGACGCAAAAGUUUCAUCACGUGGUCCUGCCAAUAAUCGCUUUACGACCACCAUAAACCGACACUUUGACCAGCUCGCAUAGCUCACUUACAAUUGAUACGAUGUAUUAUGACACUGUACACUGACUGAGACCUUUUAUAGAUUUAUGGUACGACGUAAACCACAAAGCGCACCGAAAUCUUAGGAAACUGGUCUUCGUUAUCGCGCGCUUCCGUGCAUCAGAGCGGUCGUCGCGGGUCUCUCCACGCUUUGAUAUGUCUUUGCAAAUCUCGUCCGCCUCCAUUCAACGCGGUCAAAGAACCUUUAAAUACCGUAAAAAUUUUACUUUGACUUCUUUCAUCUAACUGCAACGCUUUGAUUUUCUCAACCACUUGAUUCUACAGAAUUUCGUCGUCCUUGCGUAAGUUUCUUUGCGAGACAACCCUACGUCGCUCUCAAUUAUUGUUAAAACGGCACGAGCAUGACGAACAUGUUGAAAAGGAAAUUGAAAAGUUGAAUGAUUUUGUGAAUUCCCUGAAGAAAUACAAUUUCUUUGCGCAAGUUUCUUUGCAACACAGCCCUACGCUAUUACCAAUUGUCAAUAUGUAAAUGUUAAAAUGGCAAAAGGAUAAUGGACUUGAUAAAAAGGUAAUUCAAAAAUUGAAUGAUUUCAUCGGAAUAUAAUUGUUUUAUAUAAAGUAAGAUACGACUUCUGUGUCCGACAAUUUGCCAUUAUAUAAUUGCGACAACGUGCAUCGCAUUCGACACGGAGAGACGUCGGCACGCAGGACCGCUAAUUAAGCCCAAAUUCCUUAUCCACUAAUUAAACUUGAACGAUUAAGCUUAUUCCUCCUACCAUUUCUACCGAUAAUUAUUACCCUGCAGAUCGACUGCUCCUCGAAUCUUGGGCGGUCGAAGCAAUGAUUUCACCUGGAGGUCGAUUGCUAUUUAAGCAGUGCAGUACGAAAAAAGCCAGAACGGUAUUGGAACUACGUGAACGAAUUCAAGAAUUAAAGAAAGUUUCUUUAACCAACCAAAUUAGCGAUCUCGUUUAACAAUAUUUGAUAUAACACGGAAUUUAUGUUAUAGGUGUAUAUAAAUAAAAACGAAUAAAUGCAAACAAACAAGAUAAGAUUGAAAGAAUGGAUUCAGGUUACGUAGAAAACAUCUAUAGUCUUUUUCGAGUUUGCCCAUCAGAAAUAAACAAUUGUACGUGCCUACUGUAAAACAUGGCGAACCAUAGAAACUAGAUGGUCUCAAGAGUAUACGGUAGGAUUCACGAAGACUUUUCUCGGUGGCAUAAGGCAGCCCCCAGGGACGACCACAAAAGGUGCGUAGCCUCGAUCCUCGAUCCUCUAUCCGCAGGGUUGAUUUAUGAGCGAGUGGAGGGGAGGGCGCAUGCGCACCAGGCUGCGAGAUUCACUGGGGUCUAUCCCCACCUCCAUAGAAAACCCGGCAGAGCAUUCAGCCUCCUCCCUUCUUCGUCAGUUCCUUGUCCACUCGGUUAUUAAAACCGAGGCGACACGACGGGCAACCGGCAAUUAUCUGGCGAGCCUUCGAAGCCGCGCACGCUUCGAUCCGCCAGAUACAGCGUUUCUCAGUUUUCUUUUCAUUCUCAUUUUCGUUUUUGUUCUACUCGAGCGUGGUGGCAGUGAUCAAAAUCACGGAAAUACCUUGUGUUCCAUUUCACCUUACGAUUAUCCAAAAUUAGCAGAGGAUUUUAAUAUCAUUUCUAAGGACAGUACCAUGGAUACCAGGAAGUGAAGUGAUGGCACAAGUGAUACAGUAUCAACAGGUCCGUGACAACGCAUUCGUGGAAAUAUAGCGUAUCAUAUCGGUGAAAUUCUAGUGUCAAACGUGAAGAUUAUUUUCGAUCAGUUCUGUGAAACGUUUAUUCAGAAGUGACCGCUCCUGCAUCAUGCUAUCAUCAAAUUAUUCGAGUAUUCGCUUGCAACAUUUAGGAACAAGAAGCGAUACUAUGUGCAUGCCGACGAUGGCGCCCAUGUCCAGCCUCCCAAUGCCGAUGCACCAACCUGCUGGGAUCGAUUACAGAAGUUCAAAUAUUCGUUAUCAACCGUACAAUCCGACGUUCAGUAAUCAUCACCAUCAAACUAGCCAAUCGGGCUACUGGUACUCUGGAUCCAUGAACCACGGUCAAAUCACGGAGGCGUUAACGCCGCCGGCGUACACGAUGGCAAAUGUUGCUACCAGUACGACCUCGUGGGCGACAGAGACUCAUCUUGCGCAACCUCAGCUCACGAAUAUCUCAGCGAUACAACAUUAUUCACUGCCGCCGAGUCCAUCGGAUCUACCACCCAGUCCACAAAAUCACUCUCCGCCUUAUCAAUGGCCUCUCACACCGCCGUCUGAACAUGUCUUUCUGAAUACGGAGGAUCCUGGAAAAUCUGGCAGAAAAUGUAUUAGAUGUAGAUGUCCAAAUUGUCAAACAGACGGCGCAGCUCAGGUUGGGGUCGACGGCAAGAAACAACACCUUUGUCACGUUUCAGGAUGCGGUAAAGUGUAUGGCAAAACUUCUCAUCUAAAGGCGCAUUUGAGGUGGCAUACCGGCGAACGACCUUUCGUCUGUCACUGGCUGUUCUGCGGCAAAAGGUUCACGAGGAGCGACGAAUUGCAGCGUCACCUCCGAACGCAUACUGGCGAAAAGAGAUUCGUGUGUCCUGUAUGCGAAAAGAGGUUCAUGAGGAGCGAUCAUUUGACAAAACAUCUGAAAACACACGAGAACCAGAAAAGGAGAAGUUCUACGAAUAAAACGGAGUCGAAUAAAGAGAAUUCGUCGCCCGCUGUAACUGAACAGAAUUUGUAUCCCCCGGCUGGAGUACAAUAUACUAUGAUUUAGGAUU